AUGUCCCGAGUCGUGCGACCUGCAAGAAAUCUUACCCUUACGGAGGAGUUGGAGAAGCUUGAACAGUCCAUCACAUUGACACUGCAAGAAAUCGACCACAACUUCAGCAAGGCCCAUCGCAUCGUGACCACGAGUAUUCUUCCCGUAGUCGAGCAGUACGGCGAACAUUCCAAGAACGUAUGGGAAGCCUCCAAGUUUUGGAAACAAUUCUUCGAGGCUUCUGCCAAUGUCUCGCUCUCGGGCUACGAGGAGCUGGCGAAUGACGAAGAAGACGAAAGCACGGGAGCCGAGGACACGACAGUACACGACGACUCGAUUGACGGCAGAUACACGCCUCGAGCUGGGGGUGGCAGUGACGAUGAGACAGCAGGCAGCGCGGCAGAUGAGACGGCAUACCGUGGAGACGACUCCCUUUUGGACGAGGACGACCUAACGGGUAGCACCCCGCGGGUUCCCGCAACCAAGACGAUCAAGGCCAACUUUGCGAAUCUCGAAUCGCCCUACGAGGCCCUGAGGCGCGAGAUGAAAGGCGAAGCUGCAGCGCCCGAUGAUGCCGUGGACGAACUAGACGGGGAGGAAGACUCGACCGUAAUCUUCGCCCAGCACACCGCCCGUUUGCCCGACAUGUCCAUGACGCCCCGAUCAUCCCUCCCACCAGAAGACCAGUCCACCCAUCGCGCCAACAAAGAUCCUCUGCUCCACCGCAUGCUGGACAAGAACUACAGGUUACAGGCCACACCUCACAAAGGCCCCAUGCUUCGCAUCUCCCCGCUCAAAAGGGAGACGGGGCCAGAGAACGACAGGACGAAGGGUAAAGAAAAGGAUACCGUCCCCGCCUGGCAAGACUCGCCGAUGUCUUCGCCGAUCAUGGAGGCGCCCAAGCUGCGGAGCGAGGCUUUCAUGUCGCCCGUCAAGGCGAUGGCGCGCCAGCGUUUGGCAGCCGCGACAACGGGGCCGAGGACGCCGGGCGUCAGCGUCCAGACCCCGGCUACCGGGAAAAAGACGAGGGACUUCUUCGCCCAGGACUCGGCGGCCGAAGCACCGACGACGGCGAGACGAAAGUACGAGAUUGACUGGGACAGCGACAGCGACGAUGGUGGAUUGGGCGGCAUGAGUCCGCCUAAGACGAUCCAGUUUGCAUUGCCGCCUUCGAAGCUCAUGCAGACGCCUGCGCGCGAGGCGAGCAAACGCAUCGUGGACGAUAUUCUCCUCACGGCUGGUGCUGACCCUGAGGGCUCGGAAUAUAGUCCAACUAUGGUCAAGAUGAAUCAAGACAUCCUCGAUGACAGUUUCUGA